GCCCGGCUGCCUGGCUGCUCCUCAGUGUAGUGUGUAGUGUAGACAUGGCGGCGGAUCCAAACCCCGACUGGCUGUCCUGCUUGCCGUCUUCAUGGAGUUACGGGGUGAUCCUGGACGGGAGAGUGUUCUUCAUCAACGAGGAGGCGAAGAGCACGACCUGGCUCCAUCCUGUGAGCGGUGAGGCGGUGAUCACAGGACACAGGAAGACUCCAGAUUUACCGACCGGCUGGGAGGAAGGAUAUACCUUCGAAGGAGCACGCUGCUUCAUCAAUCACAAUGAGAGGAAAGUGACAUGUAAACAUCCGGUCUCUGGUGCACCAUCACAAGACAACUGCAUCUUCGUCGUCAAUGAACAACCAGCACCUAAAACACCGGCCACUGAGAAGAAGGAGCGACCCACGAGCAUCAUGAGUGAAGCGUCCAACUACACGGGAGGCUCGGACUACAUGACACAACCGAGCAGCCCCGCAACCAGACAAUCAAGGCCAUCUAAAAAAGUCCACAAUUUUGGCAAGCGGUCGCACUCCAUAAAGAGAAACCCGAAUGCUCCAGUAAUCAGACGCAACUGGCUUUAUAAACAGGACAGCACAGGAAUGAAGAUGUGGAAGAAGAGGUGGUUUGUGUUGUCUGACAUGUGCCUCUUCUACUACAAAGAUGAAAAAGAAGAAGGGAUUCUUGGGAGCAUCCUUUUACCGAGCUUCCACAUCUCCAUGUUAUCUGUGGACGACCACAUAAGCAAGAAAUACGCCUUUAAGGCCACACACCCAAACAUGAGGACGUACUACUUUUGCACUGACACAGCCAAAGAAAUGGAGUCGUGGAUAAAAGUGAUGACCGACGCUACACUGGUCCACUCUGAGCCAAUCAAAAGACUGGAAAGCAUAAAGGUAGACCCACGCAGCCCACUGGAGAUGAACAACAUGUUAAAUCACUGGGUUCUGACUCAACCUGAGAUCCAAAAUAAUGAGCGGAACCGUGAGAGUCAUCACCCUGAGGACAAGAAGCUGAAACAGCUGGAGAAACAGCCCAGGAUUCACAGAGAGAAAGAAAGACCUGCUGUUCAGAAAGACUCAGAGAAGCACCAGAUUCAGAAAGAAGGUGAUAAGUAUGCGUUGGAGAAAGAUGGACAGAAGUAUCCUCUUCAGAAGGACAGGUAUAGGUACAUGCUCACGAAAGACCUGGAAAUGUUUACUGUACAGAAAGAUGGAGAGAAAUACGCCUCGACUCUGCAGAAGGAAAGUAAAAGGCAUGCCACGCAGCGAGAUGAGGAAAUAAAUCUGUUGCAGAAAGAAAUGCAACGAUUCGCGCUGCACAAAGACAGCGACAAGCACGUUCUUCCAAAGGACAACGAGAUACACGGUGUGCACAAAGAUGCAGAGAAGUAUCUCCAGAAAGAUGCAGGGCGAGCUGCGCAGAAGGAAGCGGAGAGGUCCAGGCUUCAGAGGGAAGAGGACAAGUACGGCUUGCAGAAGGACGGGAAGGCGGAGCAGCCGCUCAGCAAACUCGACAGCGUCCAGUCGGAGCCCGUGCAGGCGGCCACCGUCGUCCCCGCCGUGUCUUCCUCGUGGCAGCUGCAGAACAGAGGAGGAUCGGCUCAAUAUAAGGCUGCGCAAGUGAACGGCUCUGGGGGAGAGCAGAGCCCAGGAGAAAUGUCCAACACCCUUCCACAGAGGACAGCAGUGCAGCCGCCGCAACCUGCAGAGCCGGACAGGAGCUUAAGCAGGUCCAAUUCCGUUCAGCUGGAGCAGUACUUUAGGACACACCGCACCCGCGUCCAGGACGACGAUACGAAGAGCAUCACUUCCUAUCAGACUCUGCCCAGGAACAUGCCAAGCCAUCGGACGCAAGUGGUGCCACGCUACCCUGAAGGCUACCGCACGCUUCCGCGCAAUAUGCUGCGGCCGGACAGCAUCAGCAGCGUGGCGGGUUCGGUGUACGACUGCGCGCUGCAGCCCGUGACGGCGGAGAAGAGGCGCUCUAUGCGAGAUGACACGUUGUGGCAGCUCUACGAGUGGCAGCAAAGGCAGGCCUACAGCCGUAUGGGUUACAGCACACUGCCCAGUCCCAAGACCCUGAGCCACAUCGCAGAGUCGAUCCCCUCAUCACCCUCGCACGGCUCCCUGGCCCUGUACCAGUCCGUCUCCCCCAACCGGCCGUACGAUCCCAGCACCGGUUCUGAAGUUUCCUCGCCCGUGUUCCGCGGAGACGCCAGCCUCAACCGGCGCCACAGGGCACACCUCGCAAAGUAUGCGUACCCACCCGACUGCAGGGUCCCAGCAGCUCAGAGCGUCACGCCGCAGUCCCUGCAGGGGAAAACGCCAGAGGAGCUGACCCUGCUGCUGAUUAAGCUGCGACGGCAGCAGGCCGAGCUCAACAGCAUCCGAGAGCAGACUCUCGCUCAGCUAAUGCAGCUAAACGUUGACGGCGCCAACCCGAAGAAUAAGGUGCUCUCUCAUCACCUGCAGAGGAAUCUCAUGUAUCUGGAAAGCCAGAUGAAGCCGAAUGAGCCAAUAAUCUUCAUGAUUCACACUAUGAUUGAGAGCUCAGCACCGAGGCCUCAACUUUACCAGCAAAUGAGUCCCGAGGCGUACAGCGACAGCGGAUACGGCUACAGACCCGAAGAGCUGGAUGUAGAUGCUAAAUUAAGCAGAUUGUGUGAACAAGGCAAAGUGGUGCGGACACAAGAAGAGAAGCUUCAGCAGCUCCACAGAGAGAAGCACACACUGGAAACGGCCCUUUUAUCCGCGAGCCAGGAGCUGGAGAUGAGCGCUGAUAACCCAGCGGCGGUGCAGAGCCUCAUCCAGCAGAGGGACGUGCUGCAGAGCGGCCUCCUGAGCUCCUGCAGGGAACUGUCCCGAGUCAGCUCUGAGCUGGACAGAAGCUGGAAGGAGUACGACAAGCUGGAGACCGACGUGACUCUGGCCAAGAGGAACCUCCUCGAUCAGCUGGAGGCCCUCGGGAGUCCACAGACAGAACCCCCUAGUCAGCAGCAUGUACAGAUUCAAAAGGAGCUGUGGAGGAUUCAGGAUGUGAUGGACGCACUGAACAAAAACAAGCCAAAGAGAAGCUCUGAGCCAACCUUUCCCCAAUCCGGUCUUCUAAAAAAGGAGGAGUCAGACUCCGUGCCCCCACGUCCUCCGCUUCCCCACCUCUAUGAGGGCAGAGGGCGUCUGUGUAUGCCCCACCUGCCCGGCCCCAGCCACCCUCCGCUCCACCCGCCGCGCACAGGACCUCACCCGCCCGAAGAACGCAAAGCUGCCCAGCGCAAUGGCAGUCACAGCGGUCCCGACUACAGGCUGUACAAGAGCGAGCCGGAGCUGACCACAGUGGCUGAAGUCGAUGAGAGCAAUGGAGAGGAGAAAUCUGAGCAGGCUGCUGAGAAAGAGCCCUCUGGUACUAAAGCAUCCUAUCCCGUGGGAGUCGUGAGCCCGAGGACAAAGUCGCCUAUGCCCGUAUCCUCCACCAUCGCCUCCUAUGUGACUUUGAGGAAGACCAAGAAACCUGAACCAAAACCAAAUCAUCCCAACAGUGCAGUGGAGCACAUGAGCGGUAGUGUGGAGGGAGUCCGUCAGCGCAUGAGUGUGGAGGAGCAAAUGGAGCGGAUCCGGAGGCACCAACAGGGGGCGCUCCGAGAGAGACGGAGGGAAGAUGGUUCCCUUUCCCGCAGUCUUUCCUUCACCAAAGACACACCAUAUUACUACACCCUGCAGAUGAGCUCAAAAAGAAGGGAAAUGUCAGCUUUAGACCCGAGCCCGUUCAGAGCUUCUACGUUCAAAGAAAACUCUAAAGCACUGGAGCAGGUGAACCUGAUGUCAGGGUCUGAUUUCGGUGAAAAGUUCUCUGAAGCCAGCAGAAGGCCAGAGCACCGCAAGCCUCCAUGCACUGAGGACACUCUGCAGACUGCCGUGAUGGUGCGAGUCGGCACGGAGGAGAACGACGAUGAUGAAACUCUCUCUGGACAAAGUCAAGACCAGAUGAUCAGAGACUCGUACACGGUGACGUCGUCCAAACACAGCACCACUGCGUCAGUGAACAGCCUCUCCAGUUCGCCUCAGUCUCCGAGCUCCUCUCCUCUUCCUUCCUCCCCUCCUCACCUCCCCGAUGGUUCCCACUUCAUGUGUGUGUAGUGAAGAAAAACGUACAGCCAGCAUUGCCAUCUACAUCCCUAAACACUGACACAUGAAGGAGUUCCUAAAGGCGAAGGAAACCAGCAGCCUUGUAGAGCAGCGCCAGGCCGCACCGGCUCCGGUCGCAGCUCCACCUACCAACUGCCACAGAUAGAAUUAGACAGUUUACCCUAGAGUUAUUAAUGCCAUUAUUUAUAAUAUAGUUCUUAUUUUCAUGUUUUACUGAGUGGAUGAGUUUUAUUCUGUGUCCGAGUAGGGUGUGCGUGUGCGCGCGUGUGUGUGCGUGUGAGAGAGAGAGGAUAUGCGCAGAGCUGUGCCGUGAUUAAGGUCUACUGAUAUACAGGCUCAUUAUUAUCAUUAUUUUUAUUCAGAGCAGCCACGGUGUCUUCAGUGAGUAGGAAAUGGGUUAGAGCUAAAGGACUCACACACACACACACACACGCACACGCCCACAUGCACACGUCACGGUACUUCAGAUCUCCAGGAGUUUAUGCACAGAAUCUGCUUAUUUCUUUAUUUAAAAGGUCUGCCUCUCUCUCGCUGUUGAAACACUCCAGUUUGAGCAUUCAUAUCUUUUGCACUGUAUAACACCUCACUGAUUUUUUUAAACUAGUAACAUGUGGAUAGCCAAUUAUCUGUACAGAACACGUGUGCGCGCGUGUGUGUGAGAGACGAUUUCAUUACAGCACUGCUAUAUUAGUGCAGAUUUAAAAAAAAAAACUAUUAUUUUAGCUUUGUAAAGAAAGUUUAGAUAGUCUGUGCAGCACUGUUUCCCAACAGAACAUUCAUGAACAUGCGUUUUAUAUUUCUAUGGCUGAGAUAUAUUUAACUUUAAAGUAUUAAAGAGAGUAUUAAAACAUUUUGGUUUAGUGUGGUUCUGUCCAUGUCGGGGUUCAGAUCUAGAGACGUAUAGCACAUGUAAAGGUAAAAAGCAAUAACAAGGGUUUUGGUGUUAACUUUAUUCUAGAAGAUGUAAAGAUCAUAUUGUAUAUAAGGUACACCAUACGAUCAAAAAGUUAUAAAAGCUUAUCUAAGGAGUCAAUAUGCAAAUCUCAUCUGUUUUAUAUCAUGUGAAAUAAAUGUUGUUAUAAAA